CCCUCCAUCCCAUCCCCCAUCCCCACCCUCCCUUAGCUUCCAGCAUCCACUGCCACCAUCAACUGUUCAUCCACCUCGCCAGAGCUUCAUCAUGCUGACUCCCAAGGAUGACUUGACCACCUGAGCUGCUGAGAGCGUCAGAGCUGAGAGCAUAGCAUAGCAUUUCUUGAUCUAUGUCGCUGGAUGGAUGGGGAUGAUUGGAUCACUCACCAGGAGGCGGAUCAGAAAGAGUACUAGCUAACCACUGCCAAGAUUCCGCCGCGCCCCACGCAUGCAUCUGUGAGCGAGCUUACACGCCGCAGAGAAUACUAGAUCACGGCGCGGCACAUUCCGUUCCGCAGCGCGCGCAGCAGGAACCGAGCGGCUAAGGAUCGAGCGAGAUGGAUCACCACCAUCACCAUCACCACCACCACCAUCAUCACAUGAUCCCGGGCCAAGAGCCGUCGGCGGCGGACGGCGCAGCCCCGGACAGCUUCUUCCUUGGUCCCGCCGCGGCCGUCAUCUUCCCCGGAGGCGCCGGGGCCUCGGGAGCCGGCUCGUCGUCGUCGGGCGCCGCGGCCCUCGGAUCCUCCGUGGGGGGAGGAGGUGGGCCGUCGCCGUCCAGCUCCUCGCCGUCGCUGAGCCGGUACGAGUCCCAGAAGCGCCGGGACUGGAACACGUUCGGGCAGUACCUGCGCAACCACCGGCCGCCGCUGUCGCUGUCGCGGUGCAGCGGCGCGCACGUGCUGGAGUUCCUCAAGUACAUGGAUCAGUUCGGCAAGACCAAGGUGCACACGCCGGUGUGCCCCUUCUACGGGCAUCCCAACCCGCCCGCGCCGUGCCCGUGCCCGCUCCGCCAGGCCUGGGGCUCCCUCGACGCGCUCAUCGGCCGCCUCCGCGCCGCCUACGAGGAGAACGGCGGCACGCCCGAGAUGAACCCCUUCGGCGCGCGCGCCGUGCGGCUCUACCUGCGCGAGGUGCGCGAGACGCAGGCGCGGGCCAGGGGGAUCAGCUACGAGAAGAAGAAGCGCAAGAAGCCGUCGGCGGCUUCGGCCGCGGCGGCGGGGCCGUCGUCCGAGGGAAGCCCGCCACCGGGGCCGUCCGGCGGCGGAGGAGGACCCGACACGUCGGUGUCGCCGCAGUUCAUCAUGCCGUGAGUUUUUUUUUUUGUUCCUAGCUAGCUAGCUAUAAGUGAUCCAUCGCCAUUCGCCAUCUACAUUUCGGCCCUUCCCUUGAUCGUACGUCCAUCUGAUGAGCUCCCAGCACCCAGCAGCGCGAGUUCGGAGUUCUGUUCUUGGAACGCCGAUGCCAGUGCUGGUAGUAGAACAAUCAAGUCUAGCUAGGCCAUUGUUCUUCGCCUUCUUCUUCCUCUUCAGUGGCUUGCAUUUUGCAAAAAAAUUCUCGGUCCCCCUUUUUUCUUUUCUUUUCUUUUCUCUGUUUCAUUCACUUGAACCAUCACUGCGUGCGUGAGUACUGGUUUAAUCGAUCGUCGUCGCUGUUUUAUUUACCUUUUUCAUCAAUCCAUUGGCAGCAAGCAGUUUAUGUUAGUUUUGCUUAUUGGUUUGUUAUUAUAUAUAUAUGCUCCUCCCGAGGGAUAGGAUGCAAACUUGCAAGCAAGAACAGUUUGAGAUUCCCUACCAAUGCAAGCUAGCUAGCUAGUAGCAGGAGCUGAUGCUGUGUGCUUAUGCAUGUUAUGGCAUGGUGUGGGAGAAGAGUUCAGUUUGCAGCUAGCAACAACAGUGGCAAAAGCUGUAGCUGUAAUGCUGUAUAGCUAGCUAGUAGCAUCUUUCAGAAUUUGUUCUUGUAUGCAACUUGCAGCAACUAGCAGUUUGGUUCUGUUGCAGAAGCCAGCAGCCAAACUAGCUUGCUGUGCUAUUCAUUAUAUUGGCAGAACAGAAAUAUAAUGCUUCAUCACACUGGACUGCUGGUGUGUGCUUCGAUUUCCUUUCUUAGCGGAUCAAAAGGGCACAAUGCAUGCAUAUGUGGAGUAGAGGAGAGUGUGCUACCUGAUUUGAAGCAUAUAUAGUUUCUAAAGCCAGGAAAAACAUAUAUAUUUACCUAGCUACGACUUUUGUGUCUCAAGAUCAAUCUCUGGAAACACGUUUUAUGUGUCAAUUAUUUAUUCCAAGAGAAUCCAUAUCUUGUAACUUCAACAAUAUAUUUCUUCUGAUGAGCUUGCAAUUGCAUGUUUAGUUUCGUUUGUGCUUGGCGUUGUUCUUAUUUGCUUUGCAUGGGCAUUGUCCAUUGUGAUGGUAUUGCUAUGAACCGUAGAUGAUGCAUGCUGCCUAGCUACUAUAUCAUUUUUCACCCCUGAAAAUUACGAUGGCCAAAAAGGGCAGCUCCUGGGCACCAGCUGCAGCCCAGAAGAAACAAACAUGGCAAGCAAAAGAAGCAUGGAAUGGGGGAGUCUUUCGAAAAAAAGAAAAGGUAGAAGACACGCAGGAACUGAAAACGUAUAGUUUUUGGUUCAGUUGGUGCAGUGUGUGUACAAUCGAGCAGCACCUGUUUUAGCCCAUGCUUUCAUGCUUCUGGCUAUGCCUUUCCUUAUUCAUGUUAAAAUUACUGGGUCUGGCUACAUUAUUUGCCUUCA